AUGCUGAAAAGAGACCAUGAUAUCUUUGCGAAUAUUGGUCAAAUAUUUAUGACUUUGCCACCAACAAGCAAUGAGGUGCCCAAUGAACGGACGCCUGAAGUUGGGGGUGAAAAUGUCGAGUCCGUGGUACGUUCCUCAACGGACAGCGGCGCGCUUACCAAAUCCCCGCCCCAUCCUAGAUCAAAGAAGAGGAAGGUUGAUAUGACUAAUGUGGGUGCAACUUCGGGAGCAACUCCUACAAAUCCAGCUCCAAGCAAUGUGGACACUGAUGAAGAGGAUGGCAAGGAUGAAGCCAAUGAAGGUAACAGAAAACCUUCUAGACCUAGAUCCUGGACUUGGGAACACUUUACAAAGGAUCCUAAGUCCAAGACAUCACAUCCUAGGGCUAAAUGUAAUUUGUGUGGUGCAUCAUAUGCAUGUGACUCUCAUAGAAAUGGUACAACUAAUAUGCGUUAUCAUUUGUUGAAUCAAUGUAAAAAAUUUCCUAGGGACUCGGGUGACCCUAGUCAAACAAUCCUUACCUUCCAACAAAAAAAAGAGGGUGAAGGGGUAUAUACUGCAGUUACUUUUGAUGCUGAAAUGUGUAGAAAAACCCUUGCUAGGAUGAUAAUUGUUGAUGAGCUACCAUUCAAGUUUGUUGAGGGGGGAGGGAUUCAGAUUCUAUAUGAGUAUAGUGCAACCUAG